AUGGCAGGUGCGACAGAGUCAGGAAAUAGAGUGAGGCAGCGUCGUGCAAGUCGACCCAAAGUAAAGACUGGAUGUAAUAAUUGCAAGAAUCGAAGAGUUAAAUGCGAUGAAUCAAGACCUCAGUGUACGAAAUGUGUUAGAUCAGGAAGACAAUGCGAUGGUUAUCCGGCAUAUAAUCCGAGGAAUCGACAUGCCAAUAAUACCCUUCCAAUUGCUCCACGACCGAGCAAUGCUGGCCUGGAAUCAAACUCAACAUCAUCCAACAAUUCCAUAAUAAUAACUACGAAAUUUCCUGGCUCGACGACACUCGUUCCUAGGAGGGCAUCGAAGUUUAUCAACAAAACCAAAUCCCUCAAUUCAUCAAUACCCAUCACACCAUCAACCAUCAAAUCCAUCGAAAUUGAUUCCGAAUUAUUUCGACCACCCACCCUGGGUCUCGCAUUCGACGCCAAAGAAGGUCAAUAUUUCCAAGUUUUCCGAACCCAUACUGCCAGCGAAUUAUCCGGGUUCUUUGAUUCCGAAUUCUGGAUGCGUAGUGUGCUCCAAGAAUCACAUUCCGAAGCAUGCAUACGGCAUGCCGUGGUGGCCCUCGGAGCCCUCUACAAAACCCUCGAAACAGUCGCCGAGUCACCUCCGGGUUCCCCAAGUUCGGGCUCGAACCAAAGUACUUAUUCUAGGGAUUCGGCACCCACGCAUUGGAAUUUUGCAUGGGAACAAUAUGGAAAAGCGGUGACGCGCAUGCGGCAGAGUAUUGCAAAUGGCGAAGUUAGAUCUCAACGAACGAUUUUAAUUUCCAGUGUUUUAUUUACUUGUUUUCAAUCGUUUGUGGGGGAUCAUAAGGCUGCUAUUAAACAGGUACAAGUGGGAUUGGGGGUUAUGGAAAAACAACGUAGGGAGAGGAGAAAGCUGUAUAUUCAACGCGAAGAUGAUAUUGUGGAAGAAGAACUGGGACAAAUGUUUACGCGGAUGGCAAUUCAGGCCAAAUCUUACGAUAUGGCGUUUCAUUUUCCAGCUCCGUGGGUGAUUCGUCUCUCCACCAAUCCAAGUAUCGCCAAUCCGGUAUCAUCACCAUCGGGACCUCCAUCUCCUUCAACGACUACUCCGUUGACGAAUCUCGAUUUCAGAUAUCAUGUAGCUCAUGAUCCAAGUCUAGGAAACCCACCCAGUCCAUCAGAUAGUUCGACGGGAACCACUGCAUCGAUCGAAGCGCCAAUUCCAGAGAGUUUCUCAAACGUUCACGAGGCGAGAUUGGUACUUGAUGCUCUUUGCGAGAGAAUCAUGCGGUAUAAUGAGGAGCUGGUGGGGUUUUACACGGUAUCUAAUAAUAUCCUCCCAGCCUCCAUAAAAUCCAAUGGUUAUGGCUUUGGACGCUCCCUCGAACAAUGGCAAUCUACAUUCGCUCCACUCCUCGCCAAACGUCGCGCUCCUGGUACAUCGAAUACUGAGAGAGCUGGGAUAAUCGUACUUCAAAUGGGAUGCAUAAUGACGCGAAUCCUUGUCUUCACGGCAUUUUCCGCAAACGAAAUGGAUUUCGAUCAAUUCCUUCCUAUAUUUGCAGAGAUUAAUGAAUUGGCCAAGGAAUUGAUCGUUGAUGAGGAAUUAGCAUUGGCGCAAGCGAGAUGUGGAGAAGCUUGUAGACAUGUGAAUUCGAGUAUGGGAAGGGGAAUUAGGACACCGUUUGGGGUCAAGGUGAUGAGUCCUAGUUCUAGUCCUGGACCCGAGGGCAAACAUGGGGUGCAUGAGACAUAUUCACAUAUUAAACCAUCUUUUGCAUUAGAUCUUGGGAUCAUCCCACCGCUAUUUGUGGUGGCGACGAAAUGUCGAGAUCGAAAACUUCGGCGCGAAGCUAUUUCUCUCUUGACGUCGAGUCAUCGGAGAGAAGGAAUGUGGGAUUCGAGACUCUGUGCAGGGGUCGGGAAGUGGAUUAUGAAUGUGGAGGAAGAGGGACUGCAUGAUUAUGUGAGGGGUGGGGUAUCGGAGAUGCAGAUGGUUAAGGAUGAGAAGAGGGUUAUGGUUAUGGAGAUUGAGUUUGAUAUGGAGAGGAGGUGGGCGAUGUUGAGGUGUGGGACAAGGGGGGUGGUGGGUGAGGGGUGGGAUGAGGGGGUGGAGGGUUAUGGAGAAAUAAUGGAAUUUAGGGAGGAUAAUAGUGAAGGCAUGGAAUUUAGGGAGGGAAUGGGUGAAGGAGAAAGAAAGGGAAUUGAGGAGUUCUGGAGUUGUAUGAUAUGA